AUGUGCAACAUAAUAACCGAGGGCUCUGUCUAUCAGUUCGCGGACGACACAUGCAUUAUCACAGCCGACCGUGACAUAGCGGCCGCCGAGCGCACAAUGCAAUCUAACUUCAACACCCUUUGCAAAUGGGCGCACGACGUCGGUCGCUCCGAGCCCGGUAUUGUCCCAUCCAUAGUCGGCUUCGCCAAAGACUCGGUCGCCCACGAAUCAGACCGGCUGGCUCCUGGUGAUCGAAUCUGCAGUGUGAAUGGCAUCUCUACCGCUCGGCUUACCAAUGAGGAGGUGCUUCGGCUACUCGAUAAUGUGGAAGAGCGAGCGUCGUUGGAGGUGGAAUAUUAUAUGCCUAACUAUGCAUCGCAAAACUCGCUAUACAUCACGACAAAGCUAGCAGAGGUACCGAUGGAGAAAAUCAACGGCUCCCUCGGCAUAACCAUCCGAGGAGGUCUACCUGAGAACGCAGGGAGCACAGACCUGGUGCUGAACAGCAGGUCUUUGGACGCGCAGCCGCUGGUGGUGACGCACGUGAGACCGGGUGGUGCCGCGUAUAAUACGUCCAGGGUCAAACCCGGCGAUCGGCUGCUUAAGGUCGACCAUAUCUCCCUCACCAACAAGACUCUCUCAGAGGUCCACCAGAUCCUACAGAACUGCCCUCAAAUGACCAGCCUGACCAUAGAAUACGACGUUUCCAUCAUGGAAUCCGUGAAGCUGGCUACGGGGCCUCUUCUAAUAGAGAUAGAGAGGCCGUGCAAUGAAGAUUUGGGCCUGUUCCUGGCCAACCAUAGGUACUCUGACGACGUUUACAGUUCAGGAUCCGACACGUACCAGAGGGUAGGCAGCUGCAAUGCCGUCUAUAUUGACAGCAUAUUGCCGGCCAGUAUAAGUGAUAGAUGUGGUGCCCUCCAUCCUGGCGACCAGAUCCUCGCCUUCGACGACCACGUCAUCGAUGGCAACAACUACACGGCUGAGGAGGUCAUGUGUUACCUUGAGAACUGCGAGCAUGGUGUCACGAGGCUACAUGUGGCUCCUAGGCAUAUAGCUCUUGGCGGGUACACUAGAGAAAAUUCUAUAUCUGGAACUUCGACAUUGAACGCCAAGAAACAUCGCCAAAGAAACUACAGGCAAAGCUCCAUGCCGAAACUAGGUUCACAAGAUGACUAUGACAGCCAACAGAACUACAUGAGCAUGGGCGUUUGCCGAACAGACUCUCUGAACAUCCAGCUAGAGGUUCCACCAGGCCACAGCAGCGGUCUAGCCGUCCAUGAGGAAAACUGCGCGCUCCUCAUAUCACAUGUAGCCGCGCAGUCACCCGCUUACAGAUCCGGCUGCCUCCAAAUACGAGAUCGAGUGAUGUCGAUCAACGGCCACGAGAACCUAACGCUAGACAUUGCCAACGAGAUCCUACAACGACGGAACGAUUCCCACAACCCGAAGUACCUAACUUUGAACGUGGAGUUUAGUAUGCCGAACACUAUUGAGGCAUCUAGUGGGGUGUUCAAUGUGAAGUUGGCGAAGACGACGGCAGGGCUUGGUGUUACUAUUACUGGGUGCAAACAGAAACUGUUAAGUAAUGAAGAGCCAAUGGUCAUAUCUGACAUCAAGCCGGGCUCCGUCGCGCACCGCAGUGGCGCCCUCGCGCCCGGAGACCAACUGCUGGCGAUCAACGGACAGCCACUACACAACCUGUCUUUAGACACCGCAUUCAACAUUCUCCAAAAUUCUCCAGACGAUAUAAUCACACUUAAAAUAAGAAAACGUGACCUAACAGAAGAUUGGUCUAAUAUUCAUAAGCACAAUGCAAAAUUAGCUUUACAGAGCUUUAGUAACAUAGAGAUUAAAGCAGUAGUACACAAUGGUGACGAUUCAGGACACCACACUGACAGUCCUAAUAACAGUGCGAAAGAAAGUGAAAGAAGUCACGGCAGUAAUGAAAAUACAGCGGUUUUUACUGUUGAGUUGAUAAAGCAAGAGAAUGGACCUCUUGGUUUAACUAUUGCUGGAAGCGAAGAUGUUACUCAGCCAAUAUUACUUAGUGGACUUGUUGAAGGUGGUGUGGCAGAAAAAUGUGGAAAACUAGCAAUUGGUGAUGAACUUUUAACAAUAAAUGGAGAGAGUGUUUUAAAUAAGCCACUUUCGGAAGCCAUUAAAUUAUUACAACAGAGUGGUCAGAGAGUGCAAUUGCAGCUCUGUAGAAAAAUUACUGGUUCGGUAGAGAGUGCUGAAUCCAGUGCAAGGGAUUCCAGCCAUUCAACUUCAAGCCCUGGUCUAUCCAAUGACAGCGCUGUUGAAUCCUGGGAUCAAAACACGCCUGUCAGAUCUAGCGCAAGUUGUGGUAACUCCGAAGUCAUAGAAUACGCUGUACCUGACAAAAAUAGACUCGCCGACAAGCAACCUUAUUCACCCACCGAUGAAGAUAAGUUAAUGGCCUCAAAUUAUAACUCCGUUGCACCAUUCGGAGUAAAUGAUCUUCCUCUGCCUAAUUAUUCAUUAAACAAUUCUCUGAAGACCUUUCAUUAUGAAAACACGUGUAUAAUCCCAGAAAAUACUUUGAAAAACAAACAAAAUAUAACUAGAGAAGAUGAUGUACAACAAAUAGAAAUACUUACUACAAACAUGAAGGAUUGUCAACUACACAAUAUGGAAAAAGCUUCUUGCAAAUGUGAUUACAUACAAAUGGCUCCAUAUGGAAUUGUAUCGCCUAAAAGCAGGAGGCCUAAUUGGGAUAAUGAUUACUUAAAUAAUGGAAUUUAUACAGUAACGACACCACAAAAAUCUCCUUUGAAACCGAAUGUACCUGGUACGAGUUUUCAAUUUUCUACUAGUCCUGUAUAUGAGAAUGAUGUACCGAGUCUAUACAGCAGCGAUACGCUCUCUCCCGCCAAAGGCUCCAUACACCACGUCAUUCUGUAUAAAGACGCCAUUUACGACGACUACGGGUUUUCCGUGUCCGAUGGUUUGUACGAGAGGGGUGUUUACAUCAAUCGGAUAAGGAAGGGAGGUCCGGCUGACAUUGUCGGAUUGCUGAGGCCUUUUGAUAGGAUUUUGCAGGUAAAUGGAACCAGGACGGUCGACUACGACUGUUGUCUAACAGUGCCACUGAUUGCGGCGGCAGGCGACCGGCUGGAGAUAGUUGUACAACGACUUGCUUCCUCACGAGAUCUAAAACUCCAAAGGAUGGACGGAAGUUCAAGUCCAAGUGACAGUAACAUUGUGACUAAGACCAUUUAGUGCAUAACCCGGCUGUAGUGGACUUACCUACACCAAAGACCUUGACAAAGAUAAUUUUAAAGACAAUCGUAAUACAGUGUUUAGUUAUAAUAUAAGUAGUGUAUAUUAAAAAAAAUAGAGCAAACUUAUUAAUAUUGGUAUACAAGAAAAUAAUAAGACAAGCAGAAGCGGUAUCAUGGUCGCAUUUUAAUCAUCUGUCAUGCCAUGCGUCACUUUCGCACUUACAUUGUUAAAACGUGACAGGCAUGGUGACAAAUGAUAAAGAGCCGACCAUCUUAGCCCUACAGGACGAGCUGUUUGAAGGCAAAAAACUAACGAAUAGAAAUACAUCAGGGUUUUAACUGAUUAUAAAAUACUUAAUGUAGUUAAUUAAACGUAUAGUUUUUAAGAUUGUAGAUAGAUGGCGAUGCAAUCGCCACUUUGUCGAAUUAGUGAAAUAUUAAUAGAUAGGAAUGUGUGUUGGUAUGUUGAUGUGUAAAAUUGUUUUUUAAUCCCGUAUGUGCCUACAUCAUUUUUUGUACGAGGAUCAUGCAAAAAAGUUGCUAUAGGUAUAACCCAGAUCUUGCAAAAGCGGUUUCUGAAUAUUUUUUGUGUUUUAUUGGUUAAGAACAGCAUUUAAUAAGAUCAUCUGAAAUAAUACUCAAUACCUACAUGUAGGUGUUUUAUAGUGGUACAUUUUGUUUCAAAAAUUAGGUUAAAUGUCAGUUCUUGGAAAGCAGAUGCAAGAUAUUGCCAAAAUGAAGCUCAUACAAUUUAGGCCUCUUUUUUUAUUAAAUUAAAUAGAACAUCGCAAAAUUUUACCGAAUCGAGAUGAGAUUUUUGGCAGAUUUUUUAACAGAAAAAUAAUCAAUUUGGUAACGUACAUAAAUAAGGUAAAGAUCCUAUUCAAUGACCCUAAGGAAAUUUAAACAUGAUUAAUCUUUAAAGCCAUGAUAUACUAUGCACUGACUACACGUAUGAGGAAUUAAUUGGUUACUUUGUAUAGAUAUUUCCACACAUAAUGGCCCGAUUAGAUUGCUCUUGAGUGUUGGUCUUUGUGCUAACGAUUGUUCAUACGAUACGGAGAAGACUUGAGAUGGUAUUAAAUAUUAAAUAUCAUCCUUUAAGUUUAUAAACAAAAUGAAUUACAAAGUAAAAUUAGAAACAAUUACCUACAA